GAUAAGUGUUGUGCUCCACGCUGGGAAAGAGCUCAGAGUGAGAUUGAGUGCGGCGGGAGAAGCGACGGUGGCAGCGCUCCUGUCCGGCAGGAGAAGAAGCCCAAGCGGCCACAGCAGGGCCAGUUUCAGCUCCAGACGCCAGCAGGGCCCGGGCGGUUAUUCCUGAGAACCUGACGCUCAGAGGACGAGCCGGUGCUCCCUUGUUACAAAGUAGGGUCGGGGUCUCUGCGGUUCCCCCCCCCUCCCCGCGCCAGAGCGCGAAGGCUGAACUUGCCCGGGCAUCCUUGCUUUGGAGCGCCGAGUGCCUGCUUCCUUGGACCGUUUCAGCUCUUCUUGUCUGGAUCGAGAAGUUGCCGAGCGUGGGAAUCUCCUCUUUUUUCCCCACCCCCCCCCCCUACUGUGAGCAAGUAGCGGGGCGAUCUACUUGUGGCAACUUUUUUUUUUUUCUUUUUUUUGCUUUUUUGGGCUGGGGCAGAGGUGACCUGCUUUUUGACAGCCGCUGCAGAAAGGCGAGGACUCAGACAAGUGGGUUUGAAACUCGGAAACGCUCCAGACCGACCCAGGACACUCCCACGAGGAGCGCGAAGGGGCGGAGGAGGGAAAAAGGACUCAAAAAGUUUCUGGAUUUCAUCCUUGCACGGAGCGAUAAAGAGGCCCCCCGAAGGUGUCGGCAGCAUUACCUCGUGGAUUCCUUCCUUGGACUGAGAAAGGGAUUCUGGAUUUGACAAAUAACUUUUAUUUGGUCUUCCCCCCAUCCCCUCCCAACAGUCACAGUCGGGAACUGAUGUGCAGGCUGGGUCUUUGAGGUGAAACUCUGUCGAAUCUGACUUUCUUUUCUAGCCAAAUUGGGGGAGAAAACUGGGGACUCAAAAAUCAAUGCCUUAUUGCAAAAAAGUAAGACUUGAAUUGAUUACUUUUGAACUGUGUCUUCAUUGUUGAAAGAGUAUUAGUGCUGUAAGAACUGCUCCUACUUAGUAACUGUUGCAGCUGUGAACUUUAGGUUGUAACAAACCAGCUUCCUUUUUUAGGUCUGUUUUUGGGCUAUAGGUGAACAAACUUGUGGACUGUAUUCUAUGACUGCAAAGAUGGAACCUACAUUCUACGAUGAUGCCAUCAAUGCUACCUUUGUGCAGCCAGAAAGUGGUGCUUAUGGAUAUAAUAAUCCCAAAGUUCUGAAGCAGAACAUGACGCUCAAUCUGGCUGACCCUUCCAGUAACCUCAAGCCCCACUUGAGGAACAAGAAUGCUGAUAUCCUGACCUCUCCAGAUGUGGGCCUUCUCAAGCUGGCUUCUCCUGAACUGGAAAGGCUGAUUAUUCAGUCAGGCAAUGGACUGAUCACCACCACUCCAACCCCAACCCAGUUUCUCUGUCCCAAAAAUGUUACCGACGAGCAAGAAGGCUUUGCUGAAGGCUUUGUCAGGGCACUCGCAGAGCUACACAAUCAAAACACCAUGCCAAGUGUUACCUCCGCUGCUCCGCCUACGAACUCUGGCAUGGCCCCUGUCUCUUCCAUGGCUGGAAACAGUGGCUUCGGUGCUAACAUGCACAGCGAGCCGCCCGUCUAUGCUAAUCUCAGUAACUUCAAUCCUAGUGCACUCAAUACAGUGCCUUCCUACAAUGCAAACAACCUGGGCUUUCCUCCACAGCAUCAUAUGAACCCCCAGAUGCCGGUGCAGCAUCCGCGCCUCCAAGCUCUGAAAGAAGAGCCUCAGACUGUCCCAGAAAUGCCUGGGGAGACUCCUCCCUUGUCCCCUAUUGACAUGGAAUCCCAAGAAAGGAUCAAGGCAGAGAGGAAGCGCAUGAGAAAUCGAAUUGCGGCCUCCAAGUGCCGGAAAAGGAAGUUGGAGCGGAUUGCCAGGUUGGAAGAAAAAGUAAAAACUUUGAAAGCCCAGAACUCAGAACUAGCGUCUACUGCCAACAUGCUGCGAGAGCAGGUUGCACAGCUGAAGCAGAAGGUCAUGAAUCACGUCAAUAGUGGAUGCCAGCUAAUGCUCACACAGCAGUUGCAAACUUUUUGAAAAGACUGAAAAGUAACUUUAGGAUGAUGGGGAGAAAUUAAGUUUGGGAGGCAGAACCCCCCUCCACACACACACACACACACACACACUUGUGAUGGGUGGAGAGAAAAGGCUGAAAGGCAUUGAUUCCCAAGACUGCCACCCCGAGUCAAAUGCAUGUGUGGAAAGACUGGUGUGCCUUCUGAGUGAGGUGGCGGCAUAUCAGUUGACAGAACAACUCAGCAAAACAGCUGAGCUGUUCCAGCUCAGAUAAGGCAUGGAUGCCUUGUGUUCGUCUUUCUUUUUCUCUCUCUUUUUUUAACAUUGACCAAGACUUGCAUGGACCUAACAUUAAAUGAUCAUUCAGUAUUAAAAGUUAAACUGCAGUAGAUACUGUAGAUGGCUUUCUCUUAGUACUCCUUUUUAAAACAAAAAAAUAGGGUGUUUUGGGGAGGCUAACAACAGAAACUGAGCUAUACUGCCUAUCUGAGUUGUGUAUGUACAUAUAUAUUUUUUAUUUUAUGACAACUGAUUAAUGUCAAGUGAAACUACUUCAUGACUUUGUAAGUUAUUUUUUAUGUUCAUUUGGGUUUCACCCAGUAUUGUUUGUAAAUAAGAGAUUUUUUAGCAACUUUUGAGUUUUUUUUCCAUUUGUAAUAAAGUAUAUAAUUUUUUAAUGUUUAUUUCUGAAACAAAAGAAAGGGUUGAUCUUAUUUAAGAAAGCACCAGUAAUCCUUAAUCACUUUCUUUUGAUUAGUAUCAUUUAGAUUUCAAUUCUACACACACUUACCUAGGAGCAAGACAUGAGGCUUACUGCUGAGUAGACAUACACAAAAAAAAAGAUACUGUAAAUCGGGCAUAUACAGGAUCAACUUUUAGUUGAAUGUUAAAACUCAAGUGAGGAAUGAGAAACUCUUCUUUGAUCUUCACAAACUGUAACAACCAUUUUAAAAGUCUUGUGGUAAUCCUGUUAUAAUAAAACUAUUGAUCUUUAGGGUGCCCUAAGAUUCCUUGUGUUCUAAAUCCCAGAUGGAUUUUUCCCCCCUAAGGGCAUCAAAUUGAUAUUCCUAGGUUAUUAACAAUUGUUGGAUAGAAAAGAUACAAAGACUUACACAUUCAAAGAUUUAUUUUAAGUAAGAGAACUGUCUUCCUCUUAAAUGCAUAAUUUAGGGAGGUUGUAUUACUAGAAAAAAACUGGGGCACCAGAAAUGCUUGACAAUCUAUUGCAAAUAUCUCCUGGUAGAUUCUAAUCUACUUUUUGCCUACCCCUGCUUUUAACUGGAAUGCAAGAAGACAUCUCAGUGACCCCCUGUGGUAGGAAAAAAGAGCUGCUAUCUAAUCUGACUUUAAACUUUUACAGUUUGCUCCACAAAGAACUAUUGAUACCAUUUUAACGGAAAUGAAAAAAAGUUGGUAAAAUUAUUCUGUAUCUACGUACUUGUAGAAUAAGCUUUUUUAAAAGUAUAACUGGCUAUUUUACAAUUACAUGUUCUUUUCUUAAUGAAAUAUUAAUAGAUAACCUUUGGAAGAAACAACUGUUCUUAAAAGCAGCCUUCAAUUUGUCACCUUUCUGUUUUGUUAUCUCUGAUUUUUUUAAAAAAAUGAUCUCUGUUCAUAAGUAUUUAGGACUAUGCCUGUUGUCCAAUAAAAUCAUUCUAUUAAUCUUCCAACAAA